CCGUGCUGUUCGUCUAUCCGUGCAGUACAGUUGUUGCGAAACACGCGAAUUGUUGAUCUUUUUCGUGGGACUAGAACGAAAGAAGUGUAGAAAUAUUACGAAACUCGAAGCAUAAUGAUACGCGCUACUAAUAGGCUUGCUGGAUCGCUGUUCUGUGAGAUACGCGCGGGUUCUGCAGUAAACCUCUUUCUGCAUUCAGAUCCCCAAGCGCAUACCGGCGUUGCUUACCUGCAUGCAGGCGGAAAUUCACAUUUCACUUGCCGGACCGUACAAACACGCCAAAGUUCCACUGGAAAUGGCGUUUCCACGAUUUCGUCGAAAUUUCAUGAUACAGAAUCGAACGAUGGGUUCUUGAAGCGGUUCAUAAAGAAGAUGGGUUGGAUUGAUAAUUCAUCAGCAAGAUUGCGUAUGUCCAGCUGUUUACUGUACGAAUCCGUCGUUGACAACAUCAACUAUCCGGAGUUUUUCAAACACUUCACCAUGCCGGAUACUUUUAAUACCUGGUUUUUGAUCACCGAACUUCACGUCUGGAUGCUGCUAGUUCGUUCGAUGGCAGAAGGUGCAGAAAAGGGAGCUGCUGGUCGGUUUUUGCGUAACUGUAUCGUAGAAACCAUGUGGAACGAUGUGACGACACGCGCCAAACAGCUGACAAUGGAUAAUCCGUCGGUGGUGCGUCCACAAAUACAGCAACUCUCCGAACAGUUCCAGGCUGCCCUAAUAUCGUACGACGAGGGUGUUAGUUACGACGAUAAAGCCCUAGCUGCGGCCCUAUGGCGCAGAUUUUUGGGUGGACAAUGUGAUGAUUACGAAAAACUAGAGCUUCUGGUUGGAUAUGUACGCAAGCAGGUUUCAAUGCUUGAUCAGUUAAGUCGAUACGAUUUUGCCAUAAAGCCAGCAAUCAAAUGGACUCCGCUAAUAGAAGAGAAGCGACCAACGACUUAAUUCAUAACACUGCGCGUGUAUCUUCGAACCUGACUACGCCACUGCCUAGAGUAAAUGCUGGUUUUAGCAAGCAAAUGCAGAAAAAGGAGUUUCGUGCGGAAAGGUAUGUGUUUCAUUUAUUAGCUAAAUAAUGUUUGGGUUUGGGUGUGUAUAGGAGCCAGUGAUGGAUGGCCCGGUGUUUUUGAUGAAGUUUAUCUCUUUUGUUGUGAUACGAAUUAUUUUUACGUUUCCAUGAAAAGAGGCUGAGGAACAUACAAAAGUGUGCUUUCUGGAAACAUGCACAUUAAGUUACACUCAGCUGAACAAUACAGAGCACUGUGAAUUCGAUACCAAUCACCAUAGCUGUUAUAGUAUAGUCGAAAAUUAUCGAUGUUUUAAUAAUCACGAAAAUAUAACGAUCGAUUUUCAUGCUAACUACACCCAAAACGAUUAGUUAUAUCCGAAAGUAUCCGCCAUAAAAAAUCAUCAUAGCAAUCGCACAUCAGCAGUUCCUUGAACAGUGCUUUGUAAAGUCAAUACUUAAUACAUACGUUGAAGAAACCUUGGAAUAUCUUUUUUCGUAAGAGCAUUAUUUCUCAAAGUCGUAAGCUUAGGUGGUCAUGGAAAUAAAAUUUCACGUAAUACAAAGAGUUAUAAGAGGAAAUAUAUUGUUUUCAAUUUUUAUUGAAUUCGUGUUUAGCUGUAGAAACCAUCCUUAUCAUAUCGAUCACUUAGAAAUUAGUUUUAAUAAUAGUAUAAGGAUAUAACAUUCAAAAUGGUAUUAGAGAGUUAGUACAAUUUGUUUGUUGUAUAUUUAUUCAAAUAUAUUGUACACGAGUUUAUAACUGAAGUAUGGCC